AUGGGGGCACGCAGGGAUCUCGGGGCGUCCCCUGCACUCACCUGGAGAGGCGCGGCGGGUCCUGUGGGCUUCUCGGUCUCCACUGCGCACCUGGAAGGUCGGCGGGAAGUGCCUCACAAUGAAGAAUUUUUGGAUGAUUCAACAGUCUGGGGUAUUCGAUACAACAAAACCCUAGCACCCAGUCCUAAGAGUAUAGGAGACUUUACAUCUGCUGCCCAGCUUGCAUCUACACCAUUCCACAACCUUCCAGCAAAUUCAUUGCACAUUCUAGAAGAUAAAGAAAAUGUGGUAGCAACACAGUAUACCCAUGUGGCUUUGAAUUCUUGUGAAGAAAACCUGGUGGAGGUCUCAAAAGACAGAAAGCUUGGUCCAAUUCAAGAGAAAAUCCAAGAGCAAGCAUUUCCUUCUGAUGAGUAUUCAGCAUCUUUACACCGUCCUAGCCAGCCUGUCACAGGUGGUGUACUCACUCAGGAAGCAGUGUGCAGCCUUGAGCCCUAUAAGUGUACAGACACUGACCUUGCUGUCAUGGAGGACCCACCAGAUGCCAGCCCCAGGCUCCAAGUUGAAUGGAUGCAGACUAGUUCACUUGGGAAUGUCAGUGCUCCAAGCUUUGCUGUUGAGAACCCAUGGGAUGAUGAAUUGAUUCUGAAGCUUCUAUCUGGGCUUUCUAAACCAGUGAGUUCCUAUUCAAAUACGUUUGAAUGGCAGUGUAAACUUCCAGCCAUCAAGCCCAAGACCGAAUUUCAAAUGGUCAGAACAGCUGUCAUCAAGAAAAGAGGCAAUGAAUGCUGA